CCCUCCGAGCGUGACGCGCUAUGGCCGCCGAGGCAGCUGGAGCUGCGGCGGCGGCAGUAGCAGUAGCGUGCGGACCGCCGGCGUGUCGAUAGCGAGUACCUGCUCCGCUCCGCUCCUCACAGCCACCGCCACACCUGCCGCCCCUCCGUCACGUCGGGCCUAGUGCGACUGAAAGCUGCGAUAGAGAUCAAGGCGAAGUAGAGGCCACGGAGGCAUCGGCGAGGGCCGGUGCAGAUCCGGCGCACCCUUGCGAAGGACUCCCGCCAGAUACCUCCUCGCCCCCCAGAUUUUGACUCCGGGGAGUUCGAAGGUCACGGACGAAGGUGGUGGUGGCGGCGGCCGCGCGUUUGUGUGCACAAAGCUCUGGGUAGGGGCCAAGCUGCUAUAAGCGUUCAGGCGGUCGCGAUCGCAAUGCUUUGCGAACCCGUAGCGUGUGCGGACGGCGGUGCGCCCGCCGCAUCUCUAGUAGCGACCAGUGCGAGAUACGCGCCGCCUUCGCGCCAUGGAGUGUCUUAACCUGAACCUGCUGCUCCCCCCGGGCAUGAUGCAGAGGAGGAAUUCCCAGUUUCAACGCAAGGUCUCCAUCCGCAUAGGAGAGCGUGCCAACUAUGUCAACAGUCCUCAUGUCAUUGCUAUGGUUGGGCUGCCUGCCAGAGGCAAAACAUACAUCUCCAAAAAGCUUUCACGAUACCUGAACUGGAUUGGCAUCAACACUAAAGUUUUCAAUUUAGGAGAAUACCGUCGCCAUGCAACGACAGCCUACAAAAGUCAUGAAUUCUUUAGACCAGACAAUAAAGAGGCAAUGGCCAUACGCACACAAUGUGCAAUUGACGCAUUGCAAGAUGUGUGCUCCUGGCUGGAGUGUGGUGGAGAAGUGGCGGUAUUUGAUGCAACAAAUUCCACAGCUGACCGUCGAAGAAUGAUACAUGAAAUAGUUGUAAAUAAGAUGGGUUUCAAAUUAUUCUUUGUGGAAUCUGUGUGUGAUGAUCCUCAGAUAAUAGAGCAAAAUAUAAUGGAAGUGAAAGUAAGCAGCCCAGACUAUCAGAACAUGAAUAAGGAAAUGGCAUUGAAAGAUUUUCUGAAACGUAUAGAACAUUACCAGGAAAGAUAUCAGCCCUUGGAUGAGAAAUAUGAAUCCAACCUUAGUUUCAUGAAAAUAUACAAUACAGGUGAAAAGGUGGUAGUACAUAAACAUGAGGGACAUAUACAGAGUCGAAUUGUUUACUACCUAAUGAACAUACAUAUAACACCUCGUACUAUUUAUCUCACAAGGCAUGGUGAGAGUGAGCAGAAUUUAGAAGGACGAAUUGGUGGAGACUCUGAGCUUUCCUAUAGGGGGCACCAGUAUGGAGCUGCACUGUCUGCAUACAUUCAGCAGCAAGAUAUACCUGGCCUUCGUGUUUGGACUUCUUGGCUUAAGAGAACCAUACAGACAGUUGCCAAUAUACCUGCUCCACAGGAAAGGUGGAAAGCUCUUAAUGAAAUAGACGCUGGAAUUUGUGAAGAGAUGACAUAUGAAGAAAUAGCUGAGAAAUACCCUGAAGACUUUGCUGCCCGUGACCAAAACAAAUUUAGUUAUCGCUACCCAAGGGGAGAAUCUUAUGAAGAUCUGGUGGCACGGCUGGAACCGGUCAUCAUGGAAUUGGAACGUCAGGGCAAUGUCUUGGUUGUCAGUCAUCAAGCUGUGUUACGCUGUUUGCUUGCUUAUUUCCUUGACAAGUCAGCAGAUGAGCUACCGUACCUGCAAGUUCCUCUACAUACAAUCAUUAAGCUAACACCAGUGGCAUAUGGAUGCAAAGUUGAGCACAUAAAGCUUCCUAUUGAUGCAGUUGACACACAUCGUCCUAAACCGAAGAUUCCUGGGACGCUAGAGGACAGGUUCAAGCGAGCAAAUUUUGGACGUAUUGUGCCCUCUGUGAUGGUCAACUCUGACGCAUCUUGAUGCUUGAUGGAAGAACUAGCUCCAGAAAUGGCUUCACAUAUGGACCAGUAUUGUAACUGACUCUACAAAAUAUAAAUGUGAUUUCAUAACAAGUAAUUAAAAGUGUGUUAACAGGUAUAACACAGUCAUUGGUAUUCUGAUUCCAGAUGUUUAAUUACGGAUAAGUAAACACUGAGAGACUUUUAUACCCUUAUCUAUUGAUAAUGGUUGAAACUGAUGGUCUCUUGUUGAUUUUUCUAGGAUUGUCAGCAUGUGUACCUAAAUGUUGAUUUUAUUUGCAAGAUUUACAAAAUUCAACCCCUUCCUAAUUACUAAAAGAUUAGUUCAAUUUAUAUGUGAUAUGCUUUAAAUUUUGUCAUUUGCUUGUAUUAAAAAAACUGUAUUUGACAGUUACAGUAUUAUUUGAUUGAUUGCUCUAUGCAAUACAUUUAACUCAGUGCAAGGUCUGACAAUCCUGAUAGUUGUUAGUUUUAAAGAUAUUGGUUACAUAUUUGAACACUUACUCUGUCUCAUCCUUUUAGAAAAUAAAAUCACUUUGUGACUACAGUAAUGAUACGAUUUGUAGAUGUUAAUGUAUCUUUGUUUUUAUAUGACAAAUUUAAAAUAUCUUUGUGAAGUGUGUAUGAAUAUUUUGUCAUAAUUUUUUUAUUAGGAUGAUUAAUAGCCUCAUUAAUGUGUGGUUCACAAGUGUGAGUGUGUGUACAUGUUACAGUGUAUGUGGCCAAUUUAAGGUGCACUUAUGUAUUUUGUGCUGUGUAAGACAAAAGGAAGUUGGUUUGAUGGGUGCUACUCAAGUAAGUGAUUAUAUUGUGUUCAGUCAUUUGGAUGAGUAAAGAAUGAUCAUGACAUGCCCAUGUGCUGAAUGAUACUGCAGUAGCGGGACUACUACAGUAAAGAAAAAUAAUUAAUUUUCACUCUUAAAUAACUUAAUGACUGGUGGAAGACACUAUGAAAUCAACACUGUCACAGUCAACAGCAUUAACUUUUUGUAUGAUUGUGGCAAUUACCAACCAGAUUACUGACAGGUCACUUCAGUUGUAAGCUUUCUACUCUGUUAUCCAGCAUGCAGUAUGUCUGCAUAGGUUUGGUAACAUAGAGUUACUGCCAGAAAGCCUAAAAAUACUGUCACAGUGGCAACUGUUUGAACUCUGUGAAGCAAGGUAGACUUUUCUUGUUUCUGUAACUUUGCCUGCAGCAUAGAACCUGUACUGCAUAGAAAAAAGAACUCUUUUUGUGACAAACAUGAAAUGUUUUGUUGUGUAAAGCUUUGCUGAAGUUUUCUUUAGUUCCAAAGUAAUGAUAUUGUGGGUGUAAAAAGAAAGAUCCAGGAGCUGACUACAGCUUUUUUCAUUGUUUCUAUGACUAAUGGGUUUGUAAAUCCAUGUUUUAGUUAUAUUAC